AGUCCAGGUUUCAAGCGAAUGCAAUGCAAAGUGUGUGGAGCUAACGGAGCUGAGGCGCAUUUUGGAGGAGAAAGUUGCAGAGCUUGUGCUGCAUUUUUCCGGAGAUAUGUGCAUUCUCAGAAACUGGUUAUUGAAUGCACAUGUCUGCAUAGACUUCCAUCUUCACAUCCAUGUAGACAUUGUCGGAUGGAAAAAUGCAUUGCCACUGGGAUGACUAUGUGCAAAGUUCAAGGAAACCGAGAAAAGAACAAAGUUCGAGGCUACUAUCCAGGAUAUUUGCCAGUGAUCUCAACUCUACCAACCAGUGUAAUUCCAAAAUCAUGUGAUAAUAUAUUGCGAACUGUUGCCAAUUGGGUGGAUCUCGACCAAACGAGAAAACAGCUUCGUGGUGAAAAUUUUUUUGAUCACAAUCUCACACAAGUCACCAAGUUGUCAAAAAUGGAUUCAAAAUUGCUAUGGGAUCUCGGGGAAGUCAUAUUUUCGGAUGUUUCAAAGUUUAACAGCUUUGACAAAGAUUCAAUGAUUGCAAAUUUCUUUCCAAAGUGGAUUAUAAUGGAGUGUGCAAUUGACUAUUCGCUGAAUCAAGAACAAUUCCAAAGUUUUAUAGGAUCAAUAGAGUAUUACAAAAAAUGUGCUCAUUUUUAUGGAAGUUCUAUGCCAGAAGAAAAGCGACUUGACGAUGAGGACACAAUUAAAAUAUUCUCGAAAUUUUGGGAUUGGCAUUAUUCAGAAAUAGCUCAUCCCAUCUUUUUGAAGAAGUUUGAUAAAAUUGAGUACAUGGCAAUAUUUCUACUCCUUCUCUUUGAUAGUGCAUAUAUGAAUAUCAGUGAUGAUGGCGUGAAAUUAUGUCAAAACAUUCGAAAAGUGAUCUUACGGGAAUUGCAAGGAUAUCAAUCUGAUAAAAAUUGCUCACGAUAUCGAUUGGCUGAAACUGUUGAUACUGUGAGACUCUUGGAGAAAGCCGAAGGAAAACUGCAAGAGGAGUCCGUUCUCUGUGAAUUUCAUAACCUCGAAAUCGAUGAAGAUCAUAAGAAAAUAUUUCAGAUCAAGAAAAUUUAAUUGAAUACGGUUAUUUUUUUUACUGCUUUAAUAAACCACUUUGAAAAA